AUGGCUCUUCCAGAGAAAAUGAAGGCCGUGGUGUUCAAUGGCCCGUACUCGGUUGCCGUGGAAGAAAGACCAGUGCCUCAUAUACAGGAUCCAACCGAUGUCCUUGUGAAAGUGAAAUAUACUGCACUCUGUGGCAGUGAGCUUCAUGUUUUCCGUGGCCAUCAACCUUCAAAGGCCGGGUUCAUCAUGGGCCAUGAAUUCACUGGCACAGUGGUUGCGGUGGGAGGUGCUGUCAAGAGCGUGGCAGUAGGAGACACCGUCGUCAGUCCCUUUACGACUUCAUGUGGAGAGUGCUUCUACUGCAAACAAGGAUACUCCUCUCGCUGUGCAAAGUGUCUGUUAUUUGGCUGCCCUCUCCUUGAUGGAAGUCAAGCCGACUAUGUGAGGGUCCCAUGGGCAGAUGGUACCCUAUACAAAGCUCCUGAGGGAGUAGAUGAAAAGCUACUAGUCUUGAUGGCCGAUAUCUUUCCCACGGGAUAUUUCGCGGCAAGCAAUGGAUUCAAAGAAUACACGAGAGAGCAAGUGUCUGACCUGACAGCGGUCGUAAUUGGAUGCGGCCCGGUUGGGCUUCUUGCUAUUAUCAAUGCUCUCGAGUACAAGCCCAAGCAUCUAUUGGCAAUUGACUCGGUCCCGGCUCGUCUCGAGCAAGCCCGGAAGCUGGGGGCCGAACCCUGGAACUUCCAAACCGACCGCGAGGGACUUGACAAACGGGUCAAGGAAUUGACAGACGGCCGGGGUGCCGAUGUGGUCAUCGAGGUAGUUGGGCUAAGCCCAGCCCUGCGUACGGCGUUUGACCUAUUGCGCCCAUGGGGAACCAUCAGCAGUGUUGGGGUUCACAACGCCGAGAUUCCUUGGACCGGCAACGAAGCGUACGGCAAGAAUCUUAGGAUCCAGAUGGGCCGGUGUCCUGUCCGAUCAAUCUUCCCACAGGCUUUGGAAGUACUGAAGAAGAAGCAACACCUCCUAGGGUUCAUGGCCGACAAAAUAAUGCCCCUCGGCGAGGCAGUCGAGGGCUAUGACAUUUUCGACAAGAUGAAAGCCCAAAAAGUGGACACCACCUCCUCCUACAAACAUCCUUCCUUUUUCGCUCCUUCCAGUUUCCACCCUCGCAAUCUCAGUAUGGCAGCUGCUACUGAAACCCAUGAGAUAGACAUGCAGGUCGAUGAUGGACUCUCCGAUUCCUAUGGCCGGGCCAAUCUGAACGAACAAGGCGAACUUGACGUCCAGCCAAAGACCGAUGAAGAGUAUGCACAGACGCUACUUACCCUUCGCGCCAUUGUUUCUUCCAAAGAAGCCGGUGUGAUAAUCGGAAAGGCCGGUAAAAACGUUGCUGACCUGCGCGAUGAGACCGGCGUCAAAGCUGGAGUCAGCAAAGUCGUCCAGGGUGUUCAUGACCGUGUUCUCACUGUUACUGGUGGCUUGCAAGGCUGUUCUCGGGCCUAUUCCAUUGUCGCCAAGGGUUUGCUUGAGGGCGCUCCUCAGGUAGGAAUGGGCGGGGUUGUCCAAAACAACGGAACUCACCCUAUCCGUCUUCUGAUUUCUCACAAUCAAAUGGGAACUAUUAUCGGACGCCAAGGUCUGAAGAUCAAGCACAUCCAGGAUGCUUCCGGUGUCCGGAUGGUUGCGCAGAAAGAGAUGCUGCCCCAGUCGACUGAGCGGAUUGUCGAAGUGCAAGGCACCCCCGAAGGAAUCGAAAAGGCCAUUUGGGAGAUUGGAAAAUGUCUUCUUGAUGACUGGCAACGCGGUCAGGGUACCGUUUUAUACAACCCAGCGGUGCGAGUUUCUCUUGGCGGAUCUGGCCCGGUCAACAAUAAUGCCGGCGCACCUGGCGGCGGGUACGGAGGCGGUGGUGGUCGAUCUUACAACCGCACUGGCAACGGCGCUGAUUUCAGUGAACCAAGUGGCGGCUACAACCGUCGCAGCAGCGGAGAUGGUGCCAACAGAAACCUCCCCCUGGUUACGGACGAAGGUGAAGAGAUCCAAACACAAAACAUCAGCAUUCCAUCAGACAUGGUUGGUUGCAUCAUCGGCCGGGGUGGUACCAAGAUCAGUGAGAUUCGCCGGAGCUCCGGAGCUCGCAUUUCCAUUGCCAAAGCUCCCCAUGAUGAGACUGGCGAACGCAUGUUCACAAUCAUGGGAAGCGCACAGGCAAACGAAAAGGCUCUGUACCUGUUGUACGAGAAUCUUGAAGCCGAGAAGAUGCGUCGCAGCCAGCAGCCUCAAGAGUAA